AUGACCAAGAAAAUGACCGACCCUUCGUUCAACUCGUCAGACCUCAUGCUCACCCGCACCCGAGCCAAUGAUACACCCUCAAUUCAAUCCAUGGUCAACGCAGCAUACGAGAAAUACAUACCCCGAAUUGGCAAACCGCCAGCUCCAAUGACAGCAGACUAUGCAUCUCUGCUCACAACCCACGAUAUCUUCAUCAUGCGCACCACUCAAUUCCCCAUCGGCGCGCUCGUUCUCCACCACGAACCAGACUCUUAUGUCCUAGAGAUCGAGAACUUGGUAGUCGACCCAGGCGCACAAGGUCGUGGCUACGGAAAGGUAUUGAUGCGCUAUGCAGAAGACUUUGCACGGUCGUGA